UUAAAAUUAAUAACUCCAAAGUUAUGAACAAGAAACAUCUUGAUGCUGACGAUACCGAGGAUGCUACCUGGCUAGCUAGAGAGAUUGGGAAGUUCAACGGAAAUCUUGAUAGAGGAAUGGCCUUCCUCCUAGGUGCCAAUUUUCAGAAGUUUGGAAAGAAGUAUGGUAGAGAUGCAUACACUCAAUUAGCCACAAUUUUAGAAAGAGCUCUAAGCGACAUAAAACUAGGUAAAAAUCAAAUGAAUCAGGUCUACAAAGAACUAUAUGAACAAGAGUGCCUCAGUGAUUUUUUGGAGUCAACUCACUUCAAGGAAUACAAAAGAGAUUUUAUCAAAAGAUAUGAGACUCAAAAAUCUAAAAUAAUAUCUGACGAUGGAGAAAACUCAACAGGGAUGACCAAAUCCUUAGUCCAGACUCCUUCGGAGCCUUCUGUUCUUCCUACUAUUUCUGAAAGAUUGCCCCAAAAUGCUGUUGUUGACUCUAAUUUUUAUGACAAAAGGAAAGAGGCUAACGAGGUCUCUACCUUCCAAGGCAACCUAAAUUCAAACAAAGAUCUCAAUGAAGAAGAACCUGAACACAGUGAAAAGGUACAGAAAGCUUUCUUCAGGCAAAGAGAGGAGCAAAUGCCACACCCUGCAGAAAAUCUUGAGCAUAGUGAAGGUUAUGUAAUCUCAUAUCGCAAUUCCGUUGACUCCCAAGAAGCUCCCCCUCUUCAAGUUGAUAGCCAAAUGCAUCAGAACUUAUCUGGAGAACAAAUAGGCUAUAAGAGAAAAAAGACUGGAGAGGAACACGAAGCCCAUAUUGAACUUCAGCUCCAAAAAGAAGAGCUUGCUCAAAAACUUUUAACGCAAAACCAUCCUCCAGAAAAUCCAAAUUACUAUCAAAAUGAUGACCCUAUGGAGUCUUACCAACCGGUUUCAGAUGCAGAAGACCCAAACCAAGCAGGUUUUGACCACCAAGAAUUCGCUCGAAACAGAGCAAUGAAGGAACAACUCCGGUUUGAAGAACAAGAUAGGGUAAAUAAGGACGAACUUGAUGUACAUAAAAGAAGUAACUCUGAAGAACUUGCCCCUCUCAAAAAGAUAAUUACACAAUCUUCCAAUCUCCCUAAAGGGAUUCAUGAUAUAAGACAUAUCCCAGAUGCUAAUGCUCAGGCCCAGCUUCUCAACGAGCAUAACCAAGAGCUCUCAGAUCCUGGUGAAGCCGAGAUUAUUGAAAAAGCAUUCAGAGAACAAAAAAUUGCAAAGGAGCAACAAGAUGCAUUUGAAAGAUUGCAAAGAAAACUAGAGCAAGAGCGCAAGGAUAAAGAAGUAGCAGAUCAGAUCCAGAUUGAGGAAAGAAUCAAGGUUCAACAGUACAGAGCAAAAUCCAUCUGAGAAAUAUGCAACUACUGAAUUGGAGAUUCUGAAGUUGUGGAGCUGUCUUGAGGCGACUUCUUUCACCCUUCUUGCUUCAAAAAGUAUGUUAAAAAGUGAGUCAAUCAAAAUUCAUACCCAAUAAAUUGCCCAGAUUCUGAUUGUGAUGAAGCAAUCGGUUAUACUGUGCUGAAAAAUUAUUGUACUCAAAAGCUCUAUGCUAAGAUUGAGAGGGCAAGGAUGUCUGAGCAUUGUGGUAGUUCGAAGCCAAACAAAGAAGAGAAUCAGUCUUCUAAGAGAUCGAGAAAAGACUCUAGACAUCACAUGGAAGAUCGAGAUUCCAAAAAUGAAGGUCUAUUCACUAAUAUUGGGAAAUAUUUCAAGCGUUCGUAAUCCCUUGAUAGAUGCAUCUAUCCUCGCAUUCUUUUGGAUUAUGAUACUAUUUAUCUCCAAAAUAAAUGCAAUGAAUUGGAGAAAAAAGAUGCACAAAUGGACUCUUGGGCGAACCUUACAACUGAGGACCUAGAUAACAGAUAGCUAUAAGAGACUCUUGUCUUGUUGAACGAGCAAUCUAGAGAGUAUGACUCAACUUAUAUCACUCAAUAUAGUUGCUUUUAUUUCAGCACAAUGACAAGAAUUUCUCUAAAUUUCUAUUUCCAUCAUCCCUCAAAUAAGUAACAUUUGCCUAAA